AUGAUGAGUUGUUGUUGUCACUUAUCACAAAGUAUCAAUUUGAAUGGAUUAAAAAGUACGGUUGGAAACAUAGCAGAAUAUGAGAAGAAAUUAGGACAAGGUAUUCAAACAGCAAAUAAUUACUUAGCAUCAAAUAAUCUACCUAAAUUAAGGAAACGACAACUGCAGUCGAAAUCAAUGCAAGGUGUACAAUCAUAUGGCCAGCAGCAUCAACCAAUGCAACAACAACAACAACAACCGCAGCAACAACAAUCACAACCACAACAACAAAAUUCACAACAACAGCAACCGCAACAACAACAAUCACAACAACAGCAACAACAACCACAACAACAACAAUACUACUCAUCCAAUAUGAUGAUGAAGAGACAAAUGGGAGAGAGCAUUAACCACAAUGCACAACAACCAAUGAGCUCAUGCUCCCAAUCUUCCAAUUCAAACAGAGGACCGGGUGGAUAUGGACAACCCAUUGGUCAAUCACAAAUGAUGAAACGUCAACAACAGUCAAAACUAGCACAAGCUUUCUAUCCUUCACAACAAGGUCAACAACAACAACAACAAUUACAUCAAUAUGGAUAUCCACCCAGUGAGUCUCACAUGCAAAUGGGUGGGAUGAAUAUGCAACCUGAACUAUUCCCACAUUUUCAACAACCUCAACAAUACGAUAACAUAGGAUUUGAUGAAAAUCAACAAGACAUUUAUGAGCCUGUUGAUGGGUCAAAUGAAUUUGAUGACGACGACGACGAAGAACCUAUUAUGGGUGGUGUUAUGAAACGUGAAUUGAUGUAA